AUGCAAACAAACAUCUCUAAACUAACAAUCAUAGAUUAGCCAUUGUUGGUUUCAUUUCAGGGGAGCAGACAGGUUUUAGGACUGAAGACGAGCUGAAUGUGGUAGAAACAUUAAAUCAAAUCAAACAAACAAAACGGGUGACUGAUUCUGGAUUCGACUGGAAAUCGAAGAAAUAUGCGACUACCGGCCAUGCUUUGCCUCUUCCUGUUGCUCAUUUUUGAGCUUUCUUCAUGCACAAAACUCCAGGUGACACCUGGUUCAGCUCUGGAGCUGCCCUGUUUCUCACAUCCAACUGGUUUCACUGGAGAGCCUGUCACCUGGACAUUCAAUGGUGAAAUCAUAAGUCACCCGACGUCUCAGUCCCCUGGCUGGACUAGAGUUAAAAAGGAUGGCUCGAUUCUCUCUAUAUCCCCUGUAACUGCUGCCCACAGUGGCACAUACCAGUGUUCAGUGAAGGAGAACAACAUGGAGAUAAGUUUGACGUACAACAUUGUAGUCGUCGUUGCAAAUGUCUAUACCAUUAAGAUAAUGGGAGGCCAGAGUGGUCACCUCCCGUGCCAUUUGCCGACUUCAAGCCAGGUCACGGCUAAUGCACUGUGGUUCAAAAAGACGGGAGAGGGCCAGAGGACCCAGCUGGAUCUUGAGGACAAUUCAACAGACGAUGAAAAGAGAAUAGAACAGCUCUAUCCACUUGAUCAUGAUCAGACCAUCAUACUCAGGAACACUAUCAUGGGGGAUACUGGUACUUACUAUUGUGUAUCUGCUGAGGGGGAGACACUGAGCACUGUACACACUUAUAUUGAAGUUGCUCCUACCGAUGCUCCUUACUCAUGCAGGGAUUUCAACACACCAUGGGAGCCUUGCCUGGAUGUAAACAGUCGCACAGGGGAGCCCGUGUUGCAGGAAUCCAUGGCAGAGUUUUCCUUCACGCUGUACUCUUACCUCAGACAGUCACAACCAUCAAGCAACUUGCUCUUCUCUCCGAUUAGUAUUGCUGGGGCACUGUCCCAUCUGUUGCUAGGUGCCAGGAGUGACACCCGCAAAGCCAUUGAGAGGGCUCUCUUUGUGCCCCAUGACUUCCACUGUGUUCACUUCCAGAUGAGAAAGCUGAGAGAGAAGUUGGUUGACUCCUUAAAAAUGGCAUCUCAAAUCUACUACAACUCAGAGAUGAAUCUGAGUGAGUUCUUCACUAACCAGUCCAUUGAGUUUUAUGAGGCGGAGCCAACAAGACUGCUAGAAACCAGCCAGGAAAACUCACAGAUGAUCAACAGCUGGGUGGCAAAUAAGACCAACAAUAAAAUCACACAUCUGGUUGACUCUGUGCCUCCCAACACACAGCUGAUGCUGCUCAAUGCCGUCUCCUUUAGUGGUCAAUGGAAAGUCAAGUUUGAGUCCGAACCCAAGAAAGGACUUUUCACUAAACUGGAUGGUGAUCUGGUCAAGGUGCCUCUCCUCUACCACCAGAAGUACAUGUUGGCUGUGUCAUACAACCUUGAGCUGGGUGCACAGGUGGCGAGGUUUGCGCUCACCGGUGAAAACAGUCUUUAUAUCCUGCUGCCUCGCACCAACACAGCGGAGAGCCUGCUGCAGUUGGAGGAGAGGAUGACGGACACAGCUGUGCGUCAAAUGAUGGAACAAUUGAACACAGCAUCUCCUCAACAUGUCGAGGUCACUCUGCCGCAGAUCAAGCUUGAUGUCCAGCCAGACCUGAUUAUACUGAUCAAAAAAUUAGGCCUGUCCACACUGUUUGAGGAUGCCAAGCUCUGCGGACUGAACCCCGAAGAGAGGUUGGUCCUUGACGAUGCCAGACACAGAGCCUUCCUCGCUCUGACCGAACAUGGGGUAGAGGCCGGAGCUGUCACUAGCAUCUCCUUCUCUCGCUCCUUCCCUUCCUUCUCGGCCAUGCGGCCUUUCAUCAUGCUGCUGUGGAGCGACCAGGCCAAUGUGCCACUCUUCAUCGGGAGAGUGACUGACCCACAGUAGACGCAGAGGAGAGAAAAAAGUAUAGGAGGCAAAUGAGCAAGGAAAGAAAGCGAGAUAGCGCAUUUAGUUAGCCUCUCAAAAACAAAUAUACAGGACUGGAUGUGGAUUAGCUCCAGGAUGAUGAUGAUGAUGAAUAAACACAUUAAACCAACACAUAUUCUG